AGUGCUUGGAAUCUCGCUGCUUGUCGGCCUGUACACGCGUGCGCGGGCAUGGCCUCCAACGAUUAUACCCAGCAAGCAACCCAAAGCUAUGGGGCCUACCCUACUCAGCCUGGGCAGGGCUACUCCCAGCAGAGCAAUCAGACCUAUAGACAGCAGAGUUACAGUGGUUAUGGCCAGUCAGCAGACACUUCAGAUUAUGGUCAGAGCAGGUAUGGCUCUUCGUAUGGACAGACUCAGAACACAGGCUAUGGAACUCAGUCAGCUCCUCAGGGGUAUGGCUCCACUGGCGGGUAUGGCCAGAGUUCCCAGUCAUCUUACGGGCAGCAGUCUUCCUACCCUGGUUAUGGCCAGCAGCCAGCUCCCAGCAGCACCUCUGGAAGUGAUGGUGGCAGCUCCCAGAGCAGUAGCUAUGGACAGGGGGACUAGGGGGCUCUCAUAUGGGGGGUAACUAUGGAGAUGAUCGUCGUGGUGGCAGAGGAGGCUACGAUCAGGGUGGCUACCGAGGCCAAGGCAGAGAACGAGGGGGCUUCCGAGGGGCCCGGGGUGGUGGGGACAGAGGUGGCUUUGGCCCUGGCAGGAUGGACUCUAGGGGUGAGCACAGACAGGAUCGCAGGGAUAGGCCGUAUUAGCCAGCUCCUGAAGUUCUGGAACAGCUUUUCUUCCUGUACCCAGUGUUACCUUCGACCUUCGUUCUUUUGUAACCUUCCAACUCGUCAACACCCAUGGAUUUUUUUGUGUCAGACUGUAAUUGUAACCACACCUCUGGAUCCCACUA